CCCAUUGACGUUUGCCAUCAGCCUCGGCUCUCUCCGGGGCUUUGGUGUGAAACGGCACCGCGAAAUAAAGUGGAGGCGUCACAAAGUGGUCGCGUCAUUGUUUCCAGGGUUAUCAUUCAAGGGCAAUGAGCUCCCUUUCCUCUCCCACUCACCGGAGCGCCCACCUAUAAAGUUAAGCGAUCUGCUUCCGAUCCGUCACGGGACAAGCGAAGAAGGAUGGCAGCCGGCUCUCUGACUGUGCCCACCUUGCUCCUGCUCCUUUCACUGGCAUUGCCCCAGCCGGCCCGCGCUCUCUCCAAGGCAGAGAAGAAAAACCUGGUUGAUGCACACAAUAUGUUUCGCUCCGAGGUACCUGAUGCAACCAACAUGCUGAGAAUGAGAUGGGAUGCACACUUGGAGAAAAUUGCCACAAAAUAUGCAAAUAAAUGUUUGUGGAAACACAAUCCAAACAGAGGGAGAGUAGGAGAAAACUUGUAUGCAACAAAUGGUCCACUAGAUCCAGCAAAAGGAGUUGAGGACUGGUAUCUAGAAAUCUAUGAUUACACAUAUGAUACAAUGACCUGUACUUCAGGGAAGAUGUGUGGGCACUAUACCCAGGUGGUAUGGGCAACUACUGACAAAGUAGGUUGCAGUGUUCACUUUUGUGAUAAGCUACAAGGUCUGGAUAAUAAAAACCUCUCUAUUCUGGUAUGCAACUAUGCACCUUCAGGAAAUGUGGUUGGUUUCAAACCAUAUAAGAAAGGAGUUCCCUGCAGUGAAUGUCCAUCUGGAUAUAAGUGCAUCGAUAAACUUUGCACUUCCAGAUCAAGUCCAGCAGGUAUGAAACAAUGCUUAGUUGCAGGUGCUAAUGAGCAAUAUUUACCUAAAAAUGUAACUGAUUUGGAAGCAGCCUGGAAAUAA